AGAAAAAUCUAGUCUAGGACUAGAAUCUCUAGAUCUAGAUCUAUGUUUGUACUGGAUCUCUAGGCUAAGGCCUGGUCUUAAGAUUUAAAUUUAGACAAGUAUUAGAAUCUAGUAGGUCAAACCGGUAAUCUAUCGUUUUAGGUACGUAAAAUCGCCCGCGACUAGUAAUGUGAAAAACAGGUUUAUCCCUGAUGAUGGACAAAUGGAAGCAAAUUAUGUUACAAAAAUUUGGGAAAAAAGCUAGCAAAAACUGGAUAACAGCAGCCCUAGAUAUUCAAAUGGUCAGCCUAGGUAUAAAGCCAUCAUGCUUGUUUGACCAAUGGCUUGUUUCAGGUGAUGAUAUGAAUGAGCUGAUUACAGAACUGAUGGCUGAAGACCUGAUUUCUAGAAAUAUAGUUGUGGCAACAGUUGGUAUGGAUGUCAUAGUUUAUGGAUGCUUCUGUGAGAAAUUGUCAGAAAGUGACUUUCAAGUUUUAUAUAUUGAUGUAUCUAGUGCAUUAAAAUAUCCAAUACUGGUUGGCGAUGGUAAAGAAAAUCAAACCACUAGAACGUUUGCCGCAUUUCGCGAUAGUAUGUGUUUGACUAACUUGAGUGAUACAGAAGCUUCUUAUCGAAGUCCAGUUAACAUAGAGAUAUGUAAAGAACUCAAUGUACCAUGUCUGUUUGGUCUAAUGCUAAGCUAUCCUUGUGUUUACUGGUACAAUAAUUCUGAGGGAGAAGAAAACUGUCUGUCAGGUCAGGCGCUUGUCCAUUUUCAAGUAAAAGGUCACUUAUUAAACUCUGAAAAUUCAAGCCUUGUGAAAAAAUCCAAAUUUACGUGUGUAAUUUAUUCUUUUUCUGUGCCUGAAAAUCUGGUUGAUUUGUUAAGAAGCGAUGUCAAUCUCUGGUUUGUUAGAUGGUCAGAUGCUGGCAGUUGGAAGAAAUUAUUUUCACUAGUCUGGAUUGAUGAGGAGGUUUUGAACCCACAGGCUGUUUGCUUGUGAAGAUUAUAAAACUAUUUACACAUGCAAUAUUCACUACAGGGCUACGGCCAAAUACUAAACUGAGAUUCACAUGUUUUUAUGAUACUUCUGUGUUUUUCAUAUUCUUUGAUGCAGAUGUUGAUUGGUUGUGAGUGAGCUUCUGGCUUGACGGUAUAAAAUAAACUGCGACAUUAUAUAUUACAGAGUAACAUUAUAUAUUACAGGUGGAACCAAUCUCUCAUUUACUGCAUUAUUUUCCUGUAAAAAUUGUAAAUAUUAUAAGCUGUUUCUGUUUGUUUUAAAAUAAAGCUACUAUUGUUGACAGUU